AUGAUUAGGCGUCCACCAACAAUCAUUUGCUACAUUUGUGGUCGUGAAUAUGGAACAAAAUCAAUUGCCAUCCAUGAGCCACAAUGUCUGAAAAAAUGGCAUAAUGAAAACAACUUGCUGCCUAAAGAGUUAAGGAGACCAGAACCUAAGAAACCUGAAGUCAGGGCCAUUAGUGCCAAAGGUUUCUAUGAUCUCGAUUCCUUAAAUGAAGCUGCUUGGAGAAGUGCCCAGAGCCAGUUGGUUCCCUGCAAUAUUUGCGGGCGUACCUUCCUGCCAGACAGACUGAUUGUUCACCAACGAUCCUGUAAACCAAAAGUCACCAAGUAAAGCCCGUUCUCUCUGUGAAAGUGUUACAGGAAUGAAUCCUUUGGAAAGAGAUCUGGGUGUGGUGAGGAGGAGGAAAAGUUGGCGAGGAGAGGAACAGUGGAAAUUGGAACGAAUCAAAGUCCUAGCGCAGGAAGCCCACUGCUUUGGUGGCACACGUGUAACCACUGUGCGGUGGGCAAAUGCGUGCGCAUGUCACACUUGUGUCAGGCAGAAUCACAAGCGGGCUGCCCUUCCUCAGACCUGGCACUUUGUCCCAAGGAAAUUUCGGAGCCAACUGUUGCCAUCUCUCCCCCACUCUCUUUCCCUGAGUGAGAGUUUGAACCUUGCAAUCAGGACUAUUAUUCAGUGAACAGAGGCUUUGGGUGGCGAUUUCAGGCAACUCCUUAGUCCCAAGAAAAACUGGACUCCUUCCCAGUCCUGUGCUGACUGAAAUAACAUGCCACUCCUGGCUCCCUCGGAUCCAGGGAAGUGUUUUUAAUUGAGCUGUUGAUUUGGAAUCUUCUUUUCUCUAGGAGAUCAUUCAACAUGAGAGACAUUCAAAAAAGGGCUGAGCACUUCUAAUACUGGAACCAUAUCUAACGCAUAUUCUCUUACUGAAAGUGAGAAAUGCAACGGGGAAAUUUCAGAACCAGUGCCAGCCUCAGAUGUCAGGAGAUUGCUCAAGUGCGAUUCAUCAAAUGGGUGGAGGCCCCUUCCUUCUAUAGGAGAA